AUGGUCGCCGAGCACAUCACUCUCCGCAACAACACCUCCACUCCAAUCGUCCUGAAGCGCAUUGAGCGUUUCCAGGCCCCGGAGAAGGGAGGAUUCGAUGCCUUCAGCACAAUGGCCAAGAAUCUCACCCAGGUCCUAACCAACCAAACCCGCAGCGACUCCGUCGCUGCAAUCGACCACGAAAGCCGACCCUUCGAAGAGAAAGACGUAGGCAUCCGCGUGGAGCCAUUCACAACGAAGAAAACCGAUCUACGCUCCUUCAUAGACUCCGACAAAGAGCGCGCACGUCUCAUCUUCGAAGCCGAAGGCCAAAGAUACCAGAUCCAAGCCCCGGUCCCAACCACCGAAUCAGAGACCAUGAAACCACUCUGCGAGAACCCCAAGUUCCGCUUCACAGGAAUCUACGUAACCCCCGAAGCAUUCCUAGCAGUCUUCUCAUCCGCGAAUCUAAACGCCUGGAUGCGCGAAUUACGCGACGACACCCUCCUAUCCGCCCUCUCAAUCCCGGGAACCCACAACUCACCCACAUGCCACAUUGCGCCGCCAUCAGUGCGCUGCCAAGCGGUAAGCCCUAAGGAGCAGCUCGCGAACGGAGUGCGGUUCUUCGAUAUCCGCGUCCAGCCCCAGUACCCGGAUCACGCAGAUAGGCACGAGUUGAUCCUCGUGCACAGCGUGUUCCCCAUCUCUCUCACGGGAAACAAGUACUUCCACGACCUCAUGAGCGAAGUCGACGACUUCUUACAGCGUAACCCGUCCGAAACGCUGAUCAUCUCUGUUAAGCGCGAGGGCGCAGGUGAAGCAACCGACGAGCAACUCUCUCGCAUCUUGCACGACCACUACGCCAAGGCUGAUAGUCGGUGGUGGGUUCGACCCAAGAUCCCGACACUCGGCGAAGCACGCGGGAAGAUCGUUCUGCUGCGUCGGUUCAACCUGGCCGAGAAUCUGAAGCACGAGCACGGGGGUAACGGGUGGGGAAUCGAUGCAGCUUCGUGGGCAGAUAAUACCGCGCAUGCGGUUUGUCCGAGUGGACAGCUUUGCAUUCAGGAUUUCUACGAGGUGCUUGAGAGCAUGAAUAUUGAGAAGAAGGUUCAGUAUGUUUCUGAGCAGAUUGAUCGGGCGAGCUGCUGUCGGUAUCCGUUUGGUGUUCAGCCUGAUGCGAAUGCGACGAAAGCGUUCCCUUUCUAUAUCAAUUUCUUGAGCGCGAGUAAUUUCUGGAAGACGAAUACUUGGCCUGAGAAGGUGGCUGGGAAGGUGAAUCCGGCUGUUGUGGAUUACAUUUGUCGGAGGGGGAAGGAGCAUGAUGCUGAUUGUUCGACGGGGAUUCUUGUUACGGAUUGGGUGGGUUUGAAUGGGGAUUGGGAUCUGGUGCGUUGCAUCGUGGGUAUGAAUGCCAAGUUGCGCUUGAGAGAGAAUUAG